AUGCAAGAAGUGUCUGCCGCAGUUGUUCCCCGUUGGUCACUGGAGGUAGAAUUACACCGCGUCUUUACCAGUCGCAUGGCAUCAUCUUCACUCUCGAGCCAGAGGGUUUUGUCGGCCUUCCCUUUUCUCACACCAGAGGAAUUCGAAUGCGCCUGUCGCGCCUUCCUGGAUCGUAUUCAUGUGUUGGGCAACUUAGAUGGGGUGGGAUGGUCAUCGAUCCGUUUUGUACAACAGGCAACCGGUCCAGUUCUGAAAAUAUCGCAGAGCAUUCAUAAUACUAGUAUUCCAUACUACGACAACGCCCUCUCCGGAUCCGUAGAUACUGAAGAACCGCAAGUGGAAAUUUGCGAAGAUGAUCCUGUCCGUGGAAAAUCAUUUGUGCCAUUGUACAUGCUUGCUAUCAUCUGA